AUGGAUGGCGCCGGCAAAGUUGGAGGAAAGGUGGGAGGAAAGGUUGGUGGCAAGGUUGGUGGCAUGGGCAAGGGCGGGAAGGGUAAGGCUGGAAGCGGCAAAGGCAAGAAGGCUCCUCUUUCUCGCGCAGCUCGCGCUGGACUUCAGUUCCCUGUCGGGCGUGUUCACAGAAUGUUAAAGAGUCGUAUCUCAUCCGAAGGCCGCGUGGGCUCGACCGCUGCAGUGUAUGCCUCGGCCAUUUUGGAGUACCUUACGGCUGAGGUGCUCGAGCUGGCUGGUAAUGCCUCGAAGGAUCUUAAAGUGAAGAGAAUAACUCCCCGUCAUUUACAGCUUGCCAUUCGCGGUGACGAAGAACUGGACACGCUGAUCAAGGCUACAAUUGCCGGUGGUGGUGUUAUACCACAUAUCCACAGGUCGCUCAUGACAAAAGGGCCCACCACGCAGCCUCUGAAAAAGCCAAAGAAGCCAGAACUUGAGUGA